GUUGUCUAACCUCACUCAAUCUCUCUCUCUCUCUCUCUCUCUCUCUAGGGUUUCUCUCUCUCUCACUCCUAAAAUGUCUGACGAAGCUCAAUACUCCUCCGGCGCUGACAACAACAAACGCAAAUACGAUGACCAGACGGCGCCGCCUCCGUCCACUCGAAGGCCCACCGGUUUCUCCGCUCCGAUCGCGCCUCACUCUCCGGACUCGGCUCCUCCUUCCUACAACGCCGUCGCUCCUCCCAUCGAAGGCCUAAUCAAAGCCAAGCAGCGCGCCCAGGAGGUCGCAGCUCGCCUCUUAAUCAGCUCCGCCGGAGCUGCCGCCGCCGCAGUCGGCGGAGGACUCGACGCCAAACGCCCUAAGUUCGAGAACGGCGCUUCCGGAUUCGAUUCUCACGACUCUGGCUUCAGCUCCAUUCCCCCUGAUGUGAAGCCACACACAAUGAGCUCGGCUCCUUUGCCGCCAGUUUCAUAUGGGUACCAGAAUGCAAGCUCAAGUAAGAAGAUCGAUAUUCCGAAUGGUAGAGUUGGUGUUAUUAUUGGGAAAGGUGGGGAGACCAUCAAAUAUCUUCAAAUUCAGUCUGGAGCUAAGAUUCAGGUCACUCGGGAUAUGGAUGCGGACCCCAAUUCUCCUACUAGGAUGGUGGAGCUCAUGGGUACCCCGGAACAGAUUGCCAAGGCUGAGCAGUUGAUAACUGACGUUCUUUCUGAGGUGCUAGUUAAUGCUCCUCUGGCUGAGGCAGGGGGCUCUGGCGUGGUUUCUCGAAGGCUGACUGGACAGUCUGGGGCUGAUAAGUUUGUAAUGAAAAUCCCAAAUAACAAGGUUGGUCUAGUAAUUGGCAAAGGAGGAGAAACAAUUAAAAAUAUGCAAGCUAAUACUGGAGCUCGUAUUCAGGUGAUACCAUUGCAUCUGCCCCCUGGUGAUACAUCGAUUGAAAGGACAUUACAGAUUGAUGGGACCAGUGAGCAAAUUGAGACUGCUAAACAAUUGGUCAAUGAAGUCAUCAGUGAGAAUCGUGUUAGAAAUCCUUCAAUGGCUGGAGGGUACCCUCAGCAAGGUUACCAAGCACGACCUCCUACAGGCUGGGGCACACCUGGGGCUCCCCCCGUUCAACAAACAGGUUAUGGCUAUGUGCAGCCUGGAGCAUAUCCAGGUCCAUCUCCCCAGUAUAACAUGUCUCAGCCUCCUUAUUCAGGCUAUCCUCCUCAACCUGCGUCUGGUGGAUAUGCCUCCAAUUGGGACCAGUCAGCUGUCCCACCAUCUCAACAGACUUCUCAGGGAGGUGGUAAUGAUUAUUACAGUCAGCAGCCACCUUCACAGCAACAGCAAACCCCUGGUGGUCCUGCAGCUCCAGCAGAUAACUCUGGUUAUUAUUAUGGUCAACAACAACCUUCAAGCUAUAAUCAACAGGGACAGGGUUAUACUCAAGAUGGCUAUGGAGGGUAUCAGGCACAGCCUCAAUCUGGAUAUGGCCAACCACCAUCAUAUGAUCAGCAGCAAGGGUAUGCUUCUGCUCCUACCUAUGGGAAUGUGACUAAUCCAACACAAGAUGGGCACACUCCCUCCUAUGGUUCCCAGGGGGAUUCGACCCAGGCUCCACCUGUCCAGCCUUCUUCUGUGGGCCAGCAAGGAUACACUAGUGGUCAACAGCCUAGCCUCAGUCCUGCAAGUUAUCCAACUCAAGGAACAACACAACCAGGUUAUGGUAUUCCCCCAACUUCCCAAGCUGGCUAUGGAAAUCAACCACCAGCUCAGCCUGGAUAUGGACCUGGCUAUGGAGCACCUCAAGCUCAGAAACCUCUUGCGAAUCCCCCGGUUUAUGGGCAGCCUACGCAGUCACCUGGUGGCACCCCUGGAGGUUAUGGCCAGCCUGCCCCUGUGCAGCCAGGAUAUCCCCAUUCUCAGCCGCCAGCUGCUAGUUAUGCUCAGCCAGAUUCUGGUUCGCAACGUGCCCCACCAUCCAAUUAUGGUGCUGCAGCUGGUCAGCCAGGUUAUGCAGCUCCACCUUAUGGUGCACCACCUGUUAGCCAGCCAGGUUAUGGACAGGCACCACUUCCAUACAAUGCUUAUGGUGCUGCUUACUCACAGCCUCCGGUUUAUUCUGCUGAUGGUAGUGCUGGUGGGAACACCCGUGGGACCUAUGACGCAGCACCUGCUUCUCAGACUGCUCAGCAGAGUGGAGUUGCCAAAACAUCACCCCAGAGUUAAUGAUAUCUGAUAAGUAGAGUCCUUUUGGUAAUUUGUUAAGGUUUUUUUUUUUUUUUUUGGUUAUUCGUAUGGGUAGGUCUAGUUAGGUCUUGUAUUGUCAAAGUCAUAGAUCUAAGGCAAGGAAUGGUCGGUUUUGGUGUUUUAUCUGUUGGUAUGAUAUUUUAUACUUUAUUUGUUCUAAAUACUGAUGCCAGCUUUUAUUUCUA